CGGCUAAAUGGCCGUCAAGUGUGCCGGAGCGAUAGAGAGGAGUAUAAUACAGUAGGGUAGUAUUUCUUUCCAGUAAGCAUUCAUGUAAACAGCGGAGUAGGGGAGAGUGGGGUAAGUUGAGCCAAAGGGUAAGUUGAGCCACCCCCCUGUUGUUUGGAAAUGGUAAAAGAAAUUGAUCAUGUGACCAAAUAUUUAGGACAUGGGCUUGGGCAUCAAUUCAUGGAGUCUGUGAAGGUUAGAAGCACAUAGGUGAAGGGGUUAGACAUUUAUUUACAGAAAAGCCUUUUUUUCCCCUUUGAAGGUGAAUUUAGUCUGUCAUAAGUUUUAUUAGAAUUGUGUUCAGACCAAAAAUGAUCAUUUAAAAAUUGUUUUAUAUGUCAGUUGAGGUAUCUAUGAGCUACAACAUGAGGUCAAAAACCUAGCAUAAAAGUCCACCAUUUUAGCUUACAGGACGAGUAAAGUCAUCAUAGUAGUUCAGGGGUAAGUUGAGCCAGUGGCUAAACUGAGAAAGUAAAGGAGUCUGAUGAGAGGAUCAGAGUUUCAGUUCAGAUUGUUGAAAUGUGUUACUUUUUCUUUUCAAAAAUACAGCUGUGAAUGUUCUGAAUCACUGAAAGGCAUUCUCAUGUCCACUUUUUUGGCAACUAUUUUAUUAAGACAGUUCUGUUUACACUCAUUCUGUUGGUUUGCAUGGAUGCACAACAUCUUGAAAUAUAUGUAGAUACACUAGUUAGAGACAAAACUAUGAUUGCCUUGAUGGAGUGAUCCGAAAUAUAAAAAAUGUCUCAUCUUACCCCACUCUCCCCUACAGCGCAAAAAAAAAAAAGUUUAUCAAGUGCAAAUUACGUAACCAGGUGAUUUGGUUAAAGAAGCAGCAGAGUUUUUUUUUUUUAAGUUCCACUAUUAAGUGUUCAGUCAGGAUUGAGAGGGGGUUCAGAGGUCAGUGUUUCUGGGGGGCAGAGAGAGGAGGUGGCAGGGUGAGAGAGAUCAGCUUUCUGACGGCCUGGUGGGGUGAAGCUGUUCAUAAGUGUGUUGGAGCAGGCCCAAAGGCUCCAGUACUACCAAUAAUCUUCCUAGCUGCGUUCACUGUGCACUGCAUUGUUUUCUUGUUCUGUCCUGUGCAGCCCAGUGACAGAGCUGGUCAGAAUCAUAGACUGUAUAUAGAAUAGAAUUAAUAGAAUUGCAAUAGAGUUAAUAGAUUUUUUUAGAUGAUAGUAUUUAGGCUAUCAUGACAGUAAAUCCGUUUUGUGAGCUAUGCAGCAGCAGCAGCCUUAACAGCAAGAGAAGAUCGUUGAUUGCAUGAAAACCCUUGAUUGUAUUUUUAUGAGCGUUGAGGGUUUUCAUCUAAAACCCAAAGAGAGCACACUGGGAGUUGUAAUUAUGUGGCCAGUUUUAUAUUGCUUUCUAAUUUUGACCUCUCAAAAAUGAACUUUUUUAAAUCCCUGUUAAUGUUAAUAGUCAAAAACUAUUGCUGAGUUGUCGCUAAAUUCAUUAUGAACUUAUCUCUUUACCUUGACUUGUGUUGAUAAUGAUCUAAAGGGCUAUUUACCUACUGAUAACAGGUUUGUUUACUUGCUUUUGCAAUGGAACUGAUAAAAUUGUUCAGAAAAGUCAUCAAAUAAAAUGAACUUUUUCUAGAAUAGAGCAUAUUUUAACUGUCAGCCUGAUCACAAUAUUUAUGGUGGUUUGAGUGGCUGCAUCAUAUCAAAACACAGAUGGACUCCAGCUACAGCUGGAGUUCAGCAUAUGGAUAAACAAUGGGUCAGGUCCAACACAAUAUCAUUCAAUUUUAAUACAAGGUGACAGCUUCACUUAAUGCCAGAUGGUGCAAAACAGCACACAAUGAUGAGUUUGCACAACUUACAGUGAUGAGGUCAAGGCCAACAUCCUAUAAGGUAACGUAAGGUAAGGUAGACUUUAUGGACCCCGCAUGGGGGAAACUUUUUCACCACCAGGACAUGAAGACUCAUACAUGCAACAAACAGCAUGGAGACAUCAGAAAAACAUAGACUCAACACUAGAUACACAACAAACACAGUGAAGGCCAAUGAAACAUGAUUUAAAAGUGGUACAAUAAAAGAUAAGGACAUGAUUAAAUACAACAAUAGCCUGAUAAAAAUGAAUAAAUACUAAAAUAAAUACCUCUGCAAACUAUACAGCAGUGCCAAGUCAGACCCUUACAUAUGCCGUUAAAAAAUCUCACUGCUGCUGGAACAAAAGACUUUCACGGUCGUUCAGUGGAGCACCAAGGCUCACUAAAAGAGCUUUAAAGACCUUUGAAGAGAUGAUCCUUGUAGCCCAGGAUUAAUUUUUAAUUUAGACCUGGUCCUCCCCUCAACAGUGGCCUCAAGAGACUGGGAUGAGGGUACAUUUCCCUGGUCUUUUGAAAGAGAAAGUUCUAUGCCAUCAUAUGUUUUUGUUGCUAAAUGAUGCCCCCAUGUGGUAGUUUUUGUUUCUAACUAGCUCUCUCAGGUGGGGCUGUGGGAAUAGCCUAUCUGCCUGCUUUGCAAUGAACCCUAGAACCCCCUUCUGAGUUAUCUACCUCAAGACCCACUGAGCCUUUCGAAUGACCAUUGAAUAGUUUGUGCCUUUUAGAAAUAUAUUUUGUUUGCACACUUUUUGAUUAAGUUGAUGUUUAGGUAAGUUAAUGAUAGCUACAGGCCUAUUGGGUGCUUGCAAGCCAGUGAAUUAACGACAAGCAUAUUUGCCCGUUGGUCUCCCAUUGACAAAGUGUAAUAAAUUAGAUCUAUUUUGACAAAUUGAUGGAUCACAGUUGUCUGAAAUAUUGAAACUGGGUACAGGAUGGUUUUCAAAAACUGGAUUAUCUUGUCUUCCUUCAGCUGUUAUCUCAUGUUCCUACAGACUAAACGGUGCUGCCCAUGAUGUUCUUUUUGACAAGUGAAUACACCAAAAAGGCCUACAGCAUAGUUGUGUUGAAGUUGUUGGUUAUGCUGUAGCAGCUGUUAGUGGGCUUUCACUGCAUUAGUGUAUGGUAUGUAUGUUUUCUUUGUGUCUUUUGUCACACUUGUAGAAAAGUGGGGUUAGGUUAAUUGAUCACUUUCAGCUCCAGCCACCACCCCGUUUGGGUGGAUGGUAAAUUGUCCACAGGGUGGCAUAUUGAAAUUGAAGUUAUAGACUUACAAAAUAUAUUUGCUCGAAAUUGAAAUCUUGGCCAAAAUUUAGGCCUCUUUUCUCAUCAUAGAUAUCUCCCAGUCAAGAGCAGAGCAGCCACAACUCCAAAUUUUCCCUCAAACCUAUCAAGGGGACAGACAACAAUGCUUCUCUAAAGACUGGUAUAAUAAACAUAAAUGGCUGGAAUACUCUCAGAGUAAAGACUCUGCCUACAGUUAUGCCUGUCAACACUUCAGUCUCCCCUCCUCAGGUGAUUCAGUAUUUACAUCUGAAGAGGGGUUCAAAUAUUAGAAAAAGGCAUCCUCCAAAGAUGGGGAACAUUUAGGCCAUGCCAAAUCUGAAACACAUACUAACGCAAUGUUAGCAUGGGCAGAGAAUGAAUAGUCCAGAGCAAGCACAUCUGCUUUUAGCCUCCUUAAAUGCAGAAUAUAAUAAAUUAGUGAGAGAAAAUAGGGAGUACAUUAAAAUUGUUGGAGAAACCCUGCUCUUCACUGUUACGCAGAACAAUGCACAGGGAGUGCAUAACAAAUCAGAAGGUGAGAAUAAAGGAAAUUUUCUCUCUAAUAUGGAAUUGCAAGCCAAACACAAUCCCAUGGUAAAAAGAAAAAUGACAAGUCGAAGAAAUGCGACAUACCUUGGGCAUGAUAUACAAAAUGAAAUAUGUGGUCGAUUGUGUAGCUGAAAUGGUCCGCACCUUAAUAUCUAGUGAAGUUGCCCAAAGCGAGGCUUUCAGCAUUUUGGCUGAUGAGACUAAAGACUUACACAAGAAGGACCAGAUGUCACUUGUAAUUAGAUACCAUUACAGUGGGUCAGUAUGUAAAAACUUCCUUGUCUUUGAGGCAACACAAUGCCUGGAUGCUGCCACACUUUCACAGAAAAUAGUACAAAUUUUGCAGAAGCAUGGUCAUGACAACAAAAACCACCUUGUAGGGCAAGUGUAUGAUGGAGCCUCAGUUAUGAGCGGAAAAAAAGCACACAUUAAAUCAGGGGCCCCAUUAGCUUUUUAUGUACACUGCAAUGCUCAUUGUUUAGAUUUAGUAUGAGUUGACAGUGUGAAUUGCUUCUUUGCUCUUCAGUUCAGGGCUGCAUCCACAUCCAGCAGAGAGCGCUGCUUCCCCACUGUUGACAACAGGGCAAAUAAAACUCUACAGUGUAAGGAAAACGUUUAAAGCAAAAAUAAAUCAGAUAAUUACUUAAAACCCUGCCCUUUCUCAUUAGUCAUUAUUCCCCUGUUAACCAGUUCACCUGUACACCUGUACAUCUGUAAACAUGUGGGCUAUAAUUUCAGAUUUCUUUCAAUAAUAUAAAUAAUCAGUUAUUUUAUCUUACAAAACAUGGGCAUGUGUAAAUACAGACUUUUUAUGGGGAUCUUUGUGUACCAUUAAAUCUGCAACACAAUGUAUUUGUUUCAUGAAAUAAACACAUUGUGAAAUAAUCAGCAAGUUACAAAAACUGAUUUACAAUGCAAUGGUUUAUAUAAAUAAAGGUCGUAAUUACAUGUGAAUAAAUAAAAGGCAGCCACAUGCCAAGAGACAAACUUUCUCAAGAACACGGGUCAACUGAAAGUCAUAUUUAUUACAGGAAAUCACUUAAUGUUUGAAUUUGAAUAAUAUUAUUAUGUAUAUUUCAUAGGCUACCAUAGACAGCCAGUCCUUAAUCUGACAUCUGAAAGUUAGCUGAUGAAAUGCACGAUUUCCCAACUUUGAAAAAAUAGAGCUAUUAACACUUUUAAAAUAACACAGCUCUGCUAGUUCACAGCUGCAGUGAAACACAGAAUGAAUGAAUGCAUCAUUACUUUGCAGCCAGGGUUGAUUUUUCCAAAUGUGCACUCUAGAACUAAACAUAAAGAGCUACAGUUCCUAAAACAAAACUGCACUGCAUCUAAGUGCAAGAAAUACUUUGACAAUAGUUCCAUGAAAUCUCCAUGUGCCAGUACAAUGUCUAAAGGUUUAUCAUGGUGAUGACAAAAAUACAUAACAAUACCAAUUUAUUUCCUUCUUAAGUCAGUGACUAAACAAACAUAACCUGUUAGUUUCAAAAGAGGUAUUAUCCUCUUUAGAUCUAAAGCUGUAGUAAAAGGGUCCCUGCUUAUCAUCAAAGAACAAGGCUGUACAGGCAUUCUUGUUUAUGAACACUUUUUUACUCAUUUGCAAAAGUACAUUUCACAAGGAUCAGAAAACUGCAUGAGUAGCUGCAGUCUUAAACAAAGUCAACCAUAUAUUCAGAGUGUACGUUGUAAAUUAGGACAGUCAUGCACCCUGCUUCGGUCUAAGGUUGUAUUGAGGGAGGUGUCUUGAUUCAUCCCACUCUUGCCCAGGUGUUCAGAGAAUCGUUGUGACUUGGGGUGGUAGGUACAUGGAGCACUUUCAAAAGAUGGAGGGUAAAGACCAUAGUCUUCAGAUGUGGUCCUGUAGAGAGGAUUCUGAGGCUUUGUCCACGGCGAAGGUGCAGCUUUGAUGGCUGGAGUCAUCAUGCAGGAGAAAACUGGGUUUCCAGGGUUAGCACAGGUUCUUGUAUUCCCUUCUUGAGAGGCUGACAUCAUUGGAGUGCCUGUAAAAGAAACCAAAACCAGUCAUCAAAACAUUCUGUUUCAGUACAAAAUCAUAACAAGUUUAUAAUAGUUAAGUCCUCAUUAAACCUGAGUUAAACAACCUUUAGACUACCACUUUAACAUGUUGACCUACAUGGUAAUGAAAUAUUAGACAGGCCAUCCCGGGUCAGGGCCUAUCUCAUCUUGCCUACUUAAGCAGAAUAUCACAAACUAGCUGGUGUUACAGCUUUAAAUCAUACUUUUGGCUGUCUAAACGAAACACCCUCCAUACUUAAAUAAAGUUACCUUCAAUUGCAGAAAACCAACAGUUGUUGAAGUUUUAUCUGACUGGUGUUACAAUCAACACUGAAGACUGCGGCGUCUUGUUACUAUGGAAACGUAGACGAGUCAGAGUUCAUUAUGCAUUCACGUGACAUCGGAAUAAUCCGAAAAAUGAGUAUCCGUUUUCAAACAAACCAGAGGAAAGGUUUUUUUUGCCACCCCAUGAGUGGAAUAAAAGGAAGGCCAAAGUUUUAUGACAUAGAAGUGUUUAUUGAAGCUAUAAAAUCCAGUAAGCCUUUCCUUUAAUAAAACCAAACUACCAUGUUUUUUUUUCCACGCUUGGUUCCGCCCUUUACCAGAAAAGUGCAGGAUGUGAAAAAGAAAUGCACUGUGCAAUGAUAUUGUUCAGCAAUGUUUUAUACUGAUCGAGUCACACUUACUAUUGUCUAUCUGUCUUUUGUCGUGUUUUACACAAUACCUAUGUUUGCUAAACGUUUCUCCUAAAUCCAUGAUCUGCUGACAUGCAGUUUGUUGUUACUACAUUUUUACCAAUUAUUACUAAUUGGUAAUUGGUAAUAUUAUUACUCCUGUGUAUUCGUGGUAUCACUGUUUAAUCUUCUUCGGACGAGACAAAUUUAAUAGAAAUAGCACGAGCUACAUCUCACUAAAGUUUCCCAGUUACAGUGAAGGCAUCAUUAGAUUACAUCAUCAAUAAGCGUCGUGUGGUUACGUACAAUUGCCGCAUCUGCUGUAGUAGUUCGUGGGAAAUCUGUUUCUGUUCAGUGGCCUAGCAAGUUGUCAGGUAAAUUUGUUGAUGUGACCUUCUGCAGCUCCUGCCUCAGUCGAGUGUGAGGUUUACAGCUAGCUUAAGGCUAAAAGGUCCAAAGGAGAAGCCCAGAGACGCAAGGUGUGGACUGAGGCUGCAGAGAGGAUGGACAGUGAGAUCCAGAGAGACGGGAGAGUCCUGGACCUGACUGAUGAUGCCUGGAGAGAAGAUAGACUGCCCUAUGAAGAUGUCACCAUCCCUCUGGUAGAUACUCACAAUAAUUACUUUGACUUUGGUCCAGAUAUGAGUCUCACAAAACUUUACUCCUGACAAUCAUUUACGUCCUUAUUGUUGACACUCCUCUCUGCACAGCCAACGAAACUUCAAUAGCUCUACUUUGGACAGGUGCAGAGUCAAAAUCUCUUCACACAUCGGGAUUUUUGGUCUUUUUUUUAGUCUGGGAAUUUAUGUAUAGUUAAUGUGCACAAAGAGUAGAAAUGCACAGUGUUUAGAGGACACGUCUUACUUCCCUCAUGCCACUAUGUAGUGUGUACUUAGUACUCUCAACGUCAUAAGUACACUUAAAAAAAAAGUACUUUUAACUGCUUCUUGAGUUAGUCAACAGACUUAAAGUUAUACUUACUACUUGGGUAAAUGUACCUGAGGUAGGGGUGGGCAAUAAAAUGAUAAUGAUAUAUAUCGAAAAUUAAUUUCCCUCAAUAUCGAUAUAAAACAUGGUCAAUAUUCUUCAAAUCAAUCAAAUUUUAUUUAUGUAGCGCCAAUUCACAACAGUCGUCAUCCCAAGACGCUUUCUAAAGAACAAGAGCAGGUCAAGAGCUCAUUGUUUGAUGAUCAAGAACCAACGUAAGAUGGGUUUUGGCCCAUUUCAUCUAACAUGAGUAGCAGUGGCAAGAAAAAACUUCCUUUUAAGAGGCAGAAACCUUGAGGAGGACCUGACUCAUGCCAGACAGCCACCAUGCCGCUGUUGGGUUGGGGAGGAAUACAGAGAUAUAGGGAGAGAGAGAGAAGAGAGAAGAGGGGAGAGGGCGGGGGGGAGAGAGAACAAGAUAAGGGGAAGGAGAGAGAGAAUGAGUAAGGAGAGGGUGGGGGAGAGAGAGAGACAGGGGACAGCAGAAACAACAGCACCAGCUCAUGUAAUGGUGAAACAAAAUGAAUUCAGUUUACAGGAAUAGGAUAUGAGUGAUUAUGGACUAUGUUAAAUUAAUUUAAUGUGAUUACAGUCAGCAGGCCUAAUAGUAGUUAACUCUAGUUUUAUGUUAUUAAUGUCAGUGAGGCUGAUGUUCAUGUCUGCAGUAACAGUCCAGAGGAACCCAAGAGAAGAAGGAGCUCAGGGCCUGAGGCGUACAAUCAUGGACGAUGCGGCUGGAGUCAGGCAGGUCUGCAGCAGCCAUCAUUCCAGAGCAACCUGGCAGACUCGGGCUCAGAGACAUAUAGAGAGAUCUGGUUAGCAAUUCGAUAGUCAGCAAUCUGCCAUAUUUUGGUAGACUAUUCGAAUAGCCAAUGAAAAGGGGCGUUGCUCUGGGUGCGCUUCUUGCUGAACCAAGCAUGUGCUGAAUUAGAACCAAGUAGCAAACAACUGCAUAGUAGCAGGCUGCAGCUACAUGCAACCAUAGAACUUUAACACGUAAAGCCAACAGCACUGUUGGUAAGAAAAAAAGAAAAUGAGUGCUACACCCGGCAGAAAUGCAGAUUAAGGCUCAACAGAUGACGACAUCGUCAACAACACUGGCAUGAAAACAUCAGUGGUGUGGAGGUAUUUUGUGUUUUUUGAGGUCAUACAUGAAGCAGAUUAAUGUGCACUGCAAAUUAUGUUGAGUACAUGUUCUCGUAAAUUCGGAGAAUACCUCAAAUCUUUUUCACCACCUGAAGCAGUGCCACGUGGCAGAGCAUGUGCAAUGCAAAAGGUUACAAACCCCGAGCGGAGUAAAGAGCCCAUGGCGCCUGUGCAGCCGAAACAGCCGACCAUUCAGUCCGCUUUCUCUUGCGCAACGCCUCACGACAAAAUGUUGAAGAGACACAAAGACCUCACAGAUGCAGUAGCUUAUUGCAUUGCGAAAGACAUGCUACCAAUAAACACUGUUAAUAUAUAUAUCGAUAUGGACUGAUGUGAAAAAAAUAUAUGUUGAUUAACUUUUUCCCAUAUCACCCAGCCCUACAUUAAGGUAUCUGUACUUGUACUUCAAUAGAAUACUUUGGUACUCUUUCCACUCCUAGAAACAGUGUCAGAGCCAAGAUGAACCACUUAUUGAUUCUGGUUUUGUAGAGGGCUAAAAUGAUCACUGAGAAAUUUUUCCCACUCCUAAUUCCCUGUUUUUAUUUUUAAAAAAAAGUUUUUAACAAGUAAAGGGCCAGGAAAACGAUAAUGGAGUGCUUGAAACUUGUGAGUUCCUCAGAGACUCAACAGAGUCUGUUUCUCAAAGAAAACUUAAAAGUUUUGUGUAGACAGUAUAAUGUUGAAACUGCUACAGCUUUAUUGAUUUAGUAUGCUCAGACGUUUUGAAAGGGGAAGUAUUGUUUGUCAAAAAAAGAAAGAUGGAAAUGAUUGUUGAACUAUGUUACAAGAUAUUUUCAUGACAGGCACGCACAUGAUAAUCAGCUUACAGGAUCAAAGCAGACCUGCUGCACCUGCUUCAGACUACAUUUUCUUACCCCUGUAAUACUUCUUGUAAAACAUGGGGGAUUAAAGGACAUGAAUGUUCGUUGUUUUAUACAAUUUAAAAUCAGAAAUCCUGUCUUCAUAAUCUCCAUCUACAAGUGUAUUUUCCUUUAAUAAAACCAAACUACCGUGUUUUUUUUCCACGCUUGGUUCAGCCCUUUAUCAGAAAAGUGCAGGAUGUGAAAAAGAAAUGCACUGUGCAGUGAUAUUGUUGAGCAAUGUUUUAUACUGAGUGACUCACAUUUACUAUUGUCUAUCUGCCUUUUGUCGUGUUUUACACAAUACCUAUGUUUGCUUAAUGUUUCUCCUAAAUCCAUGAUCUGCUGACAUGCAGUUUGUUGUUACUACAUUUUUACCAAUUACUGCAAUUUGAGGUCAGCUUAGGGUUGUUCUUUUUGUGCUCCUGUGUGAGGCAGAUUCACCUGUAACUGCAGUAAGGGUUUCUUUCAGUAUGUCUUUGUUUUUUUUAGAAGUUUUGAGGACUACAGAUGGGUAUUUUUUUUGCAGGCAUAGUAAUUUUGAGACCAAAGUCCACUGAAGGACAAAACAGCUUCUGCAGAACAUGAUGAAUCUGUCGACUUCAAAAGUACAGGGUAUCUCUUACAUCUGUCUCAUGUUAGCUUGUAUGGCUCUUGAUUUACAUACCAUGAUAAAAAUAUUGUUCUGAUCUCAUUCCCUCUCUCUCUCUCUUUUUUUCAUCUAUUUAGUGUUUAUCUUAAUACCAUCAUCCUGCUAAUAAAUGGCAGUGUGUCCCUUUCAUUGCAUCUUCUCUCUCUUGUCUCCCGUCAGAGUGAACUACCAGAGGCUGAGCAGGAUAAUGGAGGAUCCACAGAGUCUGUGAAAGAGCAAGAGAUGAAGUGGACAGAUCUCGCCCUGCAGAGCCUGCAUGAAAACACACCCAGUACUGGGAGCUGAAAGAUGCAGCCGGAUAUGGACUAGAGUAAAAAACAAUACAUGUGCAUACCGACACAACAGAUUGAGACACAUGUUCUUGUUGUUUUGGACAUUGUGUUGAAAAUCUGGGAGGAAUUGCCACACGUUUCAGAAUGCAAAGUUAGCAGAAAUGAAUUUUUAAUUUAUAUGAAAUGUUCAAUAACUUUCUGAUUGGAUACACAAGAAAAAGUGAUUUUCUUUGAAUCGCCCUGUCUCUGUCUAUCAUGCUAUGUUGUGUUCAAGUUGGCGCACAACCAAAAAAAGCUUUAGAUGCAAGAGUAUGCUCUCAGUUAACAUUAUGUCUUCAGAACUCAUGCAAUCUGUUCAGCAGUCCCACAAAAAAUCCUCCUAUCUUGAGAGAUGACCUUUUUGGUUAAGGGAGUUACAGUGGGAGGAGGAUUUAAUCCUUUCUUUAUCUUGAGGCUUAAAUCUGUGGAACUGCUGUGUUAUGUUAUAUUAAAUUGUUACUAAAAAGUCAUUGCUAA